GUUUGUGUCGAAGAGAGGCCGCGGAGCCGCGCGCCAUCGUUUCAGCGGCUGCGUCCGUCACUUCCGGAGAAAUCCAAGAGCUCGCGGGGUUGCUGUCGGUGUCUGAGCGACCCUGCAGCGGGGAUGGAGGCGGAGGUGCUGGACUUCCGGGUUCCCGUGGAGAGCAACAAGACCCUGCUGGUGUGGGACAUCCCGCCGACCCACACCGAGGCCCACAUCCACGUCGAGCUGUUUGCUGUCUUCUCGGCCUUCGGGCCUCUCUACCUGCUGAAGGUGAGUCCCAACGCUCCGCUCCACCCGCCCGGUUUUUACGCCCUCGUCAAAUUCUACUCGGCCGCUCAUGCCGCGACGGCUCAGCGUCUCACUGACGGACGCCCGCUGCUCCACGACUCGCCACUGAAGGUGAAGCUGAGCUCCAAACAGACGCCUUACUUCCUGUCUGGCAGCAGCAGACCUCUGAGCCACGCCCACUGCCUGGAACUGGCCAACCGUGUCCUGGGAUUCAAUGGCUGGACCUCUGACAUCAUUUCACUGAAGGAGCUCACAGAAGAAGAGGAGGAGGAGGGAGGAGUCAGGCAGAGGAGGCUGAAGUUUGGCUGUUUGCUGCAGCUCCACUUCCCUCAUCACGGACAGACGACCAGAGGAGCUGCAGUGCUGGAGGACAGCUUCACCUGCGCAGGUCCAGAUGUUUUCCUGCAGAGGCGCUGCAGGCUGCAGAGGUUGGUCAGAGAGAGAGCUCUGGUUCACGCCUUCACCUCAGUGCUGUUCAUACUUCUGGGUAACGGGAAAGUGAUGGUGGAGGUGAAACAGACCCCUGAUCAGUUUGUAGCUGAUGACACUGAAGGAGUCCUGCAGGUGAACGAGUUCUCCUGGGCAGCGUCUCCCACUGAUGAAGAGGAGGCUGGUGAUGCAGAGUGGGCUCUGACUGUGUCGUAGAGCAGGGUGGGGGCGGGCCUCAGGUGUUCCUGGUUCUUUCUGAGGUCACUGAUGGAAAAUGUUUCAGAAGAACACGUUGGACACGUCUGAGCUCCUUCAGACAGAAUCACCACACAAGGUUCAGACACAGUGUGACAUCAGCAGGUGUCCUCACCUGCAGUGCUGACGUCACCUCUGCAAACGAGACUUCAGGUGCUGCACGCUGAUCUGUGGAGAGGCCUUUUAUUAAGAGCCUGGCUCUUAUAUAAAUAAAAUUGAAGUGAACUUAAACACACACACACACACACAUUAAUGUGACCCUGUGAAUAUUUGGCAGCACACAGACAAAUGAAGGCUGGACUCAGUUUCAGCGGUCAGUGAUGUGAAAACAGCAGAUUAUUCUUUUCACUCAUUUUGUGCUGAGUUGCACAUAUUUCCUGCCUGUUUUCAUCAUAAACGCUCAGACUGGUUCAGAGUUCAGGGUUCAGCUCGAGGUCGGCAGUUUGUGUAGGCAAAUCUGUGUAGAUGAAGAUGUGGGAGGUCGUUAAUGGCUGCAGCUCCCUUUGUCUCUGGAGCUCUUUCAGCAUCAUGUGACCAAAGGGCCAGCGUGCUUCAGCUCCCAUGAUACCCUGCAGCUCCACCUCUUUGUGCUCAUUUAUGCAUUUGAAUUGUAUAA